UAACCUGAGUCGGGGAGAAAACAGCUCCGGCUCUCAGCUCCAGCGCAGACGGAGCGAGAGGAGGCGCACGAUGGAGCCGCUCCUGCUGCUGCUGCUCUGCGCGCUCACCAGCCUGCGCUGCUGCUCGGCGGUCUAUGACGGACCCCUCCAGGCCGAGAUCUCCAACGGAACCUUCCACCACUACUUCGUCCCUGAUGGCUACUACGAAGAGACGGAGGACUUGGAGAAGUGCCAGAUGUUGUUUAAAUUCUCCGACGCUCAUCGGUGCGGCGCCUCGGAGGACAGCGAGAUCCGGGACGACCUCAUUAUCGCCCGGCUGCAGGCGGAGGAAGCCGCGCGGCUGCUGGAGGGCAUCGGGCGGUCGGUGACCCGCGACCUGGAUGGGGAGGACAGCUACGGAAAGCUCCUCAACCGGGAGCUCGCCCAGAUCCGGGAGGCCUUCUCCGGCGUGGAUAAGUCCCUUGUGGAGCUGGAGGUGAAGUUCAAGCAAAGUCAGGAGAGCGAGCUGAGAGAGGAGCAGCAGCUGAGCGGCUACGCGGUCAAGCAUGUGGCGGAGAUCCGGGACACGCUGCGACACACCACUGACAUCUCCGCGGGGCUGAGAGACAAGCACGAGCUGCUGUCCCUCAUCGUCCGCAGCCACGGAACCAGACUGAGCCGCCUGAAGACCCAGUAUCUCCACCCUGACUCCUAGAUGCACUUCACCACCCCCCACUAAACGAGAAGCUUUUAUUGGAAGAUCUUUUGUGUUGGGUUGAACUCUGACUACGGUUUCUGCAGAUUACACACAGAACUCUUUGUAUAAUUCGUUGCAGAUCUAAAGUCGUCCGAUAAAAAUGGCAGAUUUGCCUGUUAAAAGGUGCAUUUCAUCCUUCCAAAAUUCUGGUUACAAACCCAGCCCAGCCUUGUCAAAAUGAUCAGACUAGUCUCCAAACUCUGGAUCCCCUCCAGUGCAUGUCAAUCAUGUGAGUCACAAAGAUCAAGCAGAGAUCUCUCACUAUCUUGCAAAUUACAAAAGAAAAGGUGAUGAUGGAAGGGAAUUCAAUAUAAGGGUGGAAAGCAGAUGUAUGAGUCUGUUGUGUAUUGGGCCGGAAAUGAACCAGAAAGCUGCUUUAUGCUGAACUUACCCCAGUAAAAUGCAGAUAUUCACAUUCGACUCCUAUUUCCUGUUAAAAGCCUGCCAGUUAUUGACCGUUCAAUAAAUGUAAAUAACCCACAGCUGGUGAAUAAUUUUAGCCCCUUGUGAUGGAUAUCAACUGAGGAAGCCUGACUGCCUGGUUUUUGUAUCGUAUGUAUAAUGUGUACUCUUCAGUCGGCGAGCUUUAUCGUAUAAGGUUAUUUAUUAGUUUGCUAUUCUCAAACGUUCACAGCAACCAGUUUAGUCAAGAUGGUGGAAGCUGUCUGAGGUGGCUGUGUAUGAUUUACAUAUAAGAAUUUGUGUUUAAUAUUUUGUGUGUAUGGUUUGGUUUUCCAAGGUUCCCCAAAGAAUAAUUCCAAUAAAGAGCUGUACAGUAUAACUGCAGAUGCCAAUAUGGACAUUAAGAAUGAUCCCAGAGCUGCAUUGAGAAUAUGUUUGGAUUUCCCAGUUAUGUGGUACUUCUUGGUCCAAAUCUAUCCCAUGCUGUUUCACAGUCCGUUCCAAAGGCAGUUACACAGGAGUGAAACCACCACUGCCGGGGUGUUUGCCACUGAGAAGAAAGUCUCAAAUGUCUCGCCUUGCCCCAACCUCGUGGAAAUAUGUUUUUAAUGGAGCUCGAAUGAAAACAUGAACAUCAGCACAUUCUUCCAAGUCGGGAGAAAAGGAAACAUGGACGUAUAUGAAGUCUGGAUUUAGCCGUGUGCAAACGUGUGGGACUCCUCAGCAGUAAAAUCAACCUGGAAGUUGUUGUUUUUUUACAUUAAAAUA